AUCUUUCUGACGCGUCUUUUUGUUUCUAACGCGAUGUUUUAACUUUAUAAACUUCUCUUUUCCGCCGUCACUUCCGUCUUUCACCGAGUUUUAACGGUCCAGCAGCUCCUCGGUCCCGUAUGAUGCCGGAGCGGGAAGUUUGAAAGCGGCUAGCUGAAGUUAGCACGUCGACUAACAGUUCUCUGACAGCCCACAACACCUUUAGUUAAAAGUUAAUUAAAGUAUUAAUAAGUAUAUGGAUCAGUAUGUCGUCCCGGCUGGCCUCCAGCUCAGACAGACAGCGGGGUUCAUCCGGUGAAACCAGUCCGGAUCAGUCCUCCUGCAACUCGGACACCGGGGACGUUUUGAUCCGGUCCACUCGGGUUCUUCCUCUGGAUCGGGGACAUGAAGGUAAACCGGGACCGGGAUCCGGAUCUGUCCACAUAACCGUCCAGAAACUGCGGGACCCGCUCGUCCAGCCUCCUCUGUCCGAGCAGCAGCAGCGGAGCUCCGGGUCGGAGAAGCGGCAGCAGCGGCUAAAGCCCCGACAGAAGCCGGAGAAUGCUCCUCCUCUGCGGGUAGUGGGACACAGUCAGACCGACGGACUGAGGAAACCUGGACUGACCAAGGAGAACAGAGAGCCCAGAAGAAGACAGCGUCCAGCAGCAGAGUCCAGUCCAGACAGGAAGCUCUCAGCUGGGACACACAGCGACCAGCAGCCUGGUGACGACCUUCUGACGUCCCGUUUUGCUGCUGGAGGUCGUGGAGUCGUCCUCGCCGCUCUGAAACAACGGUCUCACAGUGCCCCCAACAGGAGGGAGGUCAGAGUGCAGCUGUUGGACCCAGAGCCCCUCAGGACCAGCUCCCAGGACGCUCCUGCUCCCAGCACCAGCUCCAAGGAUGCAGUGGGUGUGGCGGGGGUCCAGAUGGAGGCGGGGCUGUCCUCUGGUUGCCUUAAAGAUGCCACCAAUGCGGCAGCAGCUGCUGCAGCUGCAGCUGUAGCUGCUGCUGCUCCUCUCAUCAAGGCUCAGUCAGAUAUGGAGGCUCGAGUGUGUCACCUGGCUGAAGGAGUUCAGAGGCUGCUGCAGGCCGACAGGGAUGGUGGAGACAGGGGGCGGAGCCUGAGCCAGCAGACGCUGCAUUACCUGGAGACGCUGCACAGCCAGCAGCUGCAGCAGCAGAGCCAGCUGCUGGAGUCAGCCCUCAGGAUGAUGACAGGCCACGCCCCUGCGACCCGUGACCUCACAGCUUCAGGUCAGUCACUCCGUCUGCAGGUCACUCAUCUGGACACUGCAGCAGACGUCCUCAGCAACCAGCAGCAAAGCUCCUCGGCAACCAGAACCGCUGCCGCCGCUGUGGAGACUGGCCCAGUUGCUAUGGCAACACCCUACCAUGACCAAUGGCCAGAGCAAACCAGAGAUGACUGGUAUGGCAGAGGAUCUCCCAGUGUUUCCACAGCAACCCAGCCAGCUGCAGGAAGUCACCCGCAGUCCUCGACCAGUCACAGUCAGGCGGUGGCGAGGAGAGCCAAUGAGACGCUGAGGGAGAUGGGACGUUUGAAGGCUGAGAUGAAGAUGCUGCUGACGCCAGAAGACUCUCUGAUAACCAUUAGACCUGGACCAGACCACCACCAGGCCCAACAAAAUCUGCUUCAGUCCCAAGAAUCACACUCCAAUCCAAACCAUUUACAAUCCCAGUCCCAACAAUCCAAGUCCCAGUCCCAACAAUCUAAGUCCCCGUCCCAACGACCCAAGUCCCAGUCCCAACAAUCCAAGUCCCAAUCCCAACAAUCCCACUCCCAGUCAGAACAAUCUCAUUCCUUGUCCCAACAAUCCAAAUCCCAAGAAAACCUGCUUCAGUCCCAACAAUCCAAAUCCCAUAGAAACCACUUACAGUCCUCACAAUCCCAGUCCCAAAGAUCUCAUUCCCAGUUGCAACAGUCCAAGUCUCAAGAAUCUCAUUCCCAAUACCAACAAUCCAGAUCCCUACAAAACCUGCUUCAGUCCCAACAAAACCACUUAGAAUCCUCAGCCCAUCAAUCUCAUUCCCAGUCCCAACAAUCCAGAUCCCAACAAUCUCAUGCCCCAUGCCAGCAAACCGAGCUCCAACAAAACCAGUCUCAAUUCCAACAAGUCCAGUCCCAACAAAGUCUGACCCAUCAAGCCCAGCCCCAGUUGUCCCAGCAGUCCCAGUCUGUGGUGGUCCAGAGGAGGCCUGUGGUCCCGUCCAUGUUGGAGGAGGCGGGUCUGGUUCUCCGUCAGGUUCGGCGACAGAAGAAGGUUUUGGAGGAGAACCUGGAGGCUCUGCUGAGAGCCAAAACUGGGGAGGUCCUGAACUGCCAACUGGAGGCAAUGGUUGCUAACAGAGACUGGACGGAAGAGGUUCGGAUUAAGAAGACAGUGGACGCCUGGAUCAGCACUUUAACCAAAGACAUCCAGGCUGAGAUGUCCUCAGAGGAUGCUGCACUGACAUCACAGCAGGGGGCUGCAGGGAGCUCCGCCCACACAGGUAGGGGGAGGCCAGUGAGCGCGCCCAAAGGAACACGAAGUAAGAAUGUGGCGGGGAGAGGAAGCAGAGGACAGACAUCUGGACACAGAGCGCUGCAGGGGGCGGAGCCUGACAGAGCCACAGAUAGGCUGGCGGAGAGUGACAGAGAAUCAUACCUGACUCAUCUGUACGGCAGAGCUCCGUAUGAAGGUCUGAGACGAACCCUGAAGAAGAGUCCCUACCUGCGCUUCAGCUCACCUGCCUCGCCGCUCGGCAGGAAGCCACGCCCCCGGCUGGUGGAGAGCGUCACAGGUGUGAAGGUGAAGUCCUGUAAAACUCAGACGUGUUUGCCUCCUCCCAUCACUCCGUCACCUGCACGACCUCAGCAUCAUGACAUCAUCAGGGGCUCCCACCUGACCUCUGGUGACCCCACUGACCUUUCAGUGACUCCUGCUGACACUUUCUCCGUUCCCAUGGCGAUCCCUCUGGGUCGUCCCAGGAUCGACUCCUCUUCCAGGUGUCUCACUGAGCGUCAACAGGAAGUGACAUCACCACCUGCAGCUCUUCCAGAGUCUAGCAUGGUUGCCGUGGACGAAGGAGCACCGGAGCUCCAGUCUCAGGAGGAGCAACAGGAUGCAGGUGAAGUUCCUCCUUCUCCUCCCCUUCCUCCUCCUCCUCCUCCUCCUCCUCCUGCUGACAUCAUCGAGAAGAAGAGUGAAGAAGAGGAGAAUGAAGAGGACGUCUUCCCUGGAACUGACUUUCAGUCUGUUGUUGACAUUGCCCAGCAGCAGGAGGAGGUGAGUGUUGUGGGUGAGGAGGCGCUGGAGUUGGAUGGAGGUCCGUCUCCCCCUCCGGUCCUGUAUCAGGGUCCAGUCUUCCCUCCACAGGCGCCCUCUGCCCUCCCUGCCCAGGAUCAAGGCUCCAUCCCGGGCCUCAACCCGCAGACAGACGCCCUGGAGAACCGUCUGGUGGAAUGGGUGGAGCAGCAGCUCAUGUCCAGGAUGAUCUCAGAGAUGUACCGCCCCCCUCUCUCUGACCCCGCCCAGAACGACUCCACAGACCAAUCAGAGUCCAGGGAGCAGAGCGUCACCUCAGAUAUCGUGGAGGCAGCAGGAGGUGGAGGUCUGCAGCUGUUUGUGGACUCCAACAUGUCGGUGGACUCGGCUCUGAUCCGUCAGCUGGUCAAUGAGGUUCUGGCAGAACACGUGGCCCUGAUGCUGGGACAGAGAGACUCCAUAGAACCAGGACCAGAGCUGGAACCAGAACCUGGGCCAGGAUCACAUCAGGAGGACAAACCAGUACCACUGGUCCCUACACCAGUACCGACGCCUCCACCCAGCCCCACACCUUCCAGCAGGGAGACACCAGUCCUGACCACACCCCCUCCAUCUGAACCAACCAGCCUGCUGAAUGAGGAGUCUCCUCGGCCAAUCACAGCUCCAGAGCCUGUAGCCACGCCGACCUCCAGCCCUGAGCCCGCCCCCUCAGCAGGAAGUCCUCCUGCUGCCCAUCAAGCCCCGCCUUCUCUAACCUGGGGCAACGCUGAGCUGCCAUUGGAUGAGGAGAGACCUGAGGAGCACCUGGAUACACGCCCGCAGCCUCUGGUGAUGUCAGUAGCACAGGAGGAGCCUCCUCUCUCCUCCCCUUCUCUUCCCUCCAUCCCUCCUGCUCUCUCCCCGUCUCCUCCUCCUCCUCCUCCUCCUGGUCCUGACCCCAGACCAGCGUCCCCCUCCAGCUCCUCAGAGGACUCCAGCACCAGUAGCACCAGUAGCACCAGUAGCACCAGUACAGUGACAGCAGGGACUGAAGCAGCGCUGAAGCACAUCUCAGAGGGAGAGCUGCUCAUCAGUGUCAACCAGCUGGCUGCCAUGACAGAGGAGGAGGCUGUGUGCAGUUUCUCCAGCUCUCUUCAGGAGCUGCAGGACAUGGACUUUGACCCCCCCAGUGAGGGACAGGUCAGAGGUCACAAUCUCCUGCUGAACAAGAUGGAGCAGAGAGUCAUACACCCACCCAGAGGAGAGAGGCCACAGCCAGAGGGCGCCUGGGGAAGGGAUCAGGAGGAGGAGGUGAGCGUGGGUGAGGUGAGAGACGACUGGACCACAAAACCUCACAGGACUACAAAUACCAAGAGCUACAGCAAGAGUACAGCAGGCCAACGGGAUCAAACCUCACCUGGACAGAUCAGUCAGUGUGCAGAUGUGUCAGAGGGCAGUUUAGGAGCAAUUAAUCAGGACUCGGUUGCCAUGGGUGACCUGACGAUGGAGCCAGUUGGUACGCUGUCCUCUGACCUCCAGACUGACCUGACACUGUCUCCUCCUCCACACCUGGAGGACACACACACAGCGGGACAGGUUGUUGCUGUCAGACCGAUCCACAGACAAACAGCCGAGCAGCAGCAGGGAGGAGGCGGGAGGGUGGACGUUCACCUGCCCUCCAUCACACCACAGGAGGAAGAAGAGGAGGAGGAGGAGGUAAUGGAGGAGGUCAGUGCAGCUGCAGACGCAGAGUCCUCCUCUGAUGAUGUUUUCUAGGAAGAAAAGACAAUCAUCAUCAUCUUUAUUCUAACAGGCUGAUGAUUUGAUGAUGUCACACUUUGCUUUAAUAACAAACACUGUUCAG